ACUCAUUUGAUCGGAGCACUGUGCUCGAAGAACGGCCUGCUCAAAUUCUGAUGUCUGUUAAAUUAGCCAAAAAAAUAAAAUAAAAAAAUAAAACGGUAGUCGUACCAUGAAAGGAACAGCUGUGUGCCGACUACUACAGAGAUUGAGGAUAUUUUAGGCACUGCCAGAACGGCCACACGGGCAUACCGAUUAUUCUGACGACAGUCUUCCAGAGUUCGUCUGCUCUUGGACCCUGCAUAGCUUGCCCAGCAGUUUGCUAGGCUUCUAGGUACGAUGCCAUUAAUUUCCGACGAGUUUCGCCACAAACUCAGGUCGCUGAAGUCCGGCGGGAAUGUGCAAUUCAUCGAGGACGUCUCCACUGGCAUCGCGCAGAUAAUUUUGAGUCACCCCGAAAAGAGAAACUGCAUAUCAGGCGAGAUGAUGCUGGAGCUACAAGACAUUGUGGGACGUCUGGAGCAGUGGCAGACCGGCAAGGCUGUCAUCUUGCGAGGAGAUGGAGGCUUCUUCAGCUCCGGUGGGAACCUGGUGACGAUGAGGGCCAUUGGCACCAGCGAAGAAGGCCUGCAGAUGGCACACCUCAUGCAAGACACGCUCGUCAGGUUUUCCAAGCUGCGGAUGUUGACGGUAGCUCUGGUCGAAGGACGCGCUCUUGGUGGAGCGGCGGAGCUGACGGCAGUGCCCGACUUCCGACUCCUUACGCCAGACGCGCAGGUCCAGUUUGUGCAUCUGCGGAUGGGAAUCUUGCCCGCCUGGGGCGGUGUUACUUGGCUCACUCGCCUGGUGGGGCCCCAGCUAGCCUUAGACCUGAUCACCACUGGACGUGCCUUGGGUGGAGAGGAAGCGGUACAAACUGGCUUUGCCAGUGCCCUGCUUGAAGGCAAGGACCCCCUGGCAGAAGCCGUGACCUGGCUCCAAGAGCGCUUGAAACCCCCCAUCCGCCUUAUCAGGGAUGCCAAGGCAACCGUGGUAGCGGCUAGGGACUUGCCUUUUGCUGAUGCCCUGCGGAAAGAAGCCCAGCUGUUCGCGCCACUCUGGGGUGGAGAGCACAACAAGGAGGCCUUGGCACGCAACAUCAAACACUAAUGUUUCCUGGUCGUGGUCUAGUCUUCGGGUCUUCAGCCGAUCUGUGAUCUAUCGUUAGAUUUCUUCACUUGUCUUUGGACACAAGCAGUUGAAGCCUCGAGGUGUGAUGCCAUGCCUUUUUAGGGCAUGUUGUGUUACAGAAUCCUCCUAGUCAUUCCACCCCUGUGGGGUGUAGAUCUGAACGGAGGAUUCUGUUGCAUGGAGGGACCUCGGGUCAUAUGUCUAGCAUUUGGCUCUCCUUCGUUGUAUUUUGGUGUUCUUCGUGCACCCAUUGGCACGAGCAGUCUACACCAAAAGUCUCAAUGUCAUCUUUUUUUGCAAAGCUAAUGCUUGUCAACUGCCGCCCAAACCGUGGCACCUGGAAAGCGUGUCCAUUUCUGCCUUGUGACAUCACUACUGCCACAUUUAGUCACUAAUUGCAAUCUUGGGGAUGGCUCAGCAGCAAUGACGGAUGUUGGCAUCCGGCCAGUCGAUGGAAAUUCAGCAGUCACGGAUUGGGACGCCAUGGUGGCGCGACCCUUGUGCCUAGUCGCCUUUUUCACCAGCACUUCUACGACCAACUGCCAGUUGAGCGACACGCAGACUAAAUGUGCCGCUGGUUCCUAACAUAAGUUUUUUCUUUGGUUCUGAAGGUGGUUUAGGACACUUCACAACAGUCAGAGUAGUUCCAAGCACUGUAACAUGCUGGGCAAAACACAAUACUAAUUUGCUUUCACCUACAACUUGGCUGUGCACUUUUUAGUUUUAACCGAAAAACACUGAUAAACACCCGCCGGCAAUGAAAAUACAAAAUCAGUUAAAACCGAAGUAUACCGGUGUUUCAAAAAUAAAUAACCACCGAAAAACAUUAUGAUUUUUUCAUUAAUAAACACCGGAAAAUACACGCCCUACCUACAACCCAUGGCAUCUGCGUUUAGAAAACUUCCAAGCAAGCAACUAAAAGGGUUGUCUUAAUUGUACAAAUCUCAAUGCGAUCGAUUAAUAUUAUUUUAACCAAUAUGAUCAAUGUCCUUAACCCGGUGAUAGAGAUUGCCUUGCAGCGCACUGAACUUUAUGUGUUUUUGGGUGCCACCUAUGAAGGGUCUUUAGGUCAUCUACGGAAAGUUAAUAUUGUGUAUGCUGAGCAGAAAGCAUGCACUAAUAUAAAACCUUUUGCUGCGAGUGCCUCCUUUUUGAUAAAGAUAUGUUAAGCUGUAUUUUUGUUUCCGGUACUUAGGAUCAGAAGAAGACAUACUUGCCAAAUUUUUGUACUUCAAUUCUAUUUAAAAAGAAAUAAAGUAAACUCUUGGUGGAAAA